AGGCUUCAAAAAUAAUUUCGUCCAAAAUUAGAAGACGCUUCAACAACAACAACAACAACAACCAAAAAUACUUGACAAUCAGGAAAUCUAGAUAAAGAGUGGAUUUUAAAGAUAAGUAAUGGGAAGUGCGUUCUCCCUACCUCAUACACAUAGACUUCUGAUAGGGGAUUUGUCCACAUUACCGGAACAGGAACAAAAGCUCUUUAACCUCAGCAAGUAUGUGCUUGAUCUGAAAAAUGAAAAAAUUGGAACAGUUUCUCCAGAUCUUAGUAUAAAAAUUGUAGCACUUGAUGAGAAAAAAUCUGAUGAAAUUGAGCAAAAGAAAUGUGCCGAAAGUCAUGUGACCAUAAAUAGUGUAGAUGUGUCUUGUAAUGCAAUUGACCUUGAGACUUCAGAUAAUGAGAAUCUCAACGAUGUUAUAAGUUUAUUUUACUUGCUAGUCACUAAUAAACCUUAUUAUUUUUCUCAGACAUUCUCCCAAUGGAAAUCCUUUACAGAUUUUAGUAUUCUGCUUCCAUUAAUGUGCUGUCAGGGAGAGAAAAGAAAAAUUUAUAUACAGCCUGUUGACAGUUUUCCAAGUUUUAUAACAGAAGCUGAAUUUAACAUAAACAGUUAUGGCGGUUCUUUUGAUUUCUUUGGAUUACUGAAAGCAAUGAUGGAUAUAUAUUUUGAAGGAAUGACUGUUAAUUUAUUACCAAAUAUAGAUGUUAUGCAAUCAAAAUGGAAGAUAAAAAGUAGACUUCAUCAUAAAACUCAAAAGAAACAGUAUUUUGUGCAGGAUUUUUAUAAGAGUUUACAAAAGAGUAUGCCAUCUGAUGGUAGAUGCAUUAUGGGUAUAUCAUGGACAGAUUUGUACCCAACUGAAAAGUUAAAUUUUGUGUUAGGUGAAGCCAACUAUGGUACGAUGUCGGGUAUUUUCUGUUUCGGACGAUAUGAACCAAAGUUUUAUGAUCCCGAUACACAUAGAGACAUCACAGAAAUAAACGGAAAACUUAUGUGGAGAAUAUUAAAGGUACUUACCCAUGAAACAUGUCAUUUGUUUGGCCUUCAACACUGCUGGUAUUUUCAGUGUGCGAUGAACGAGAGUAAUAGCAUGCAGGAAGCAGCCUCACAGCCGAUAUUCUUGUGUCCCGUCUGCUUACGUAAACUUCAACAUACCUGUGGUUUUGAUGUUUUGUCAAGAUACAAAAAAAUGCUACCAUUUUUAAGAGAUAUUAGUGAGAUUUACCCAAUACCAGAGUUUCUUCAUUCUGUGAAAUGGUUGAAAAAAUGCAUUGAAUUUAUAGAAUCAAGUGCCAAUGUAACAUAGGACUUGAUCAUGAUUAAAGCUCCAUAAGGUAGAAACAAUACCAGUUUAUUAGAUCUGGCUUUGGUAUUUAGCCGUGAAUCACAUUCAGCCAUAUUUAAAUAAUGGUUUUGAGCUCUGAUAAACUUUAAUUAGUGUUCAUUCUGUAACUGACAAAAUGCAAGUAUAUUACUAUUACAUGUACAAUGUAUUUUAAAAACUAAACAGUCACAUUGUUUUAUAUACUCUAAUGGUCUAGAGAGUUUUAACUCAAAGUUAUUUAACAUGCAUGAAUUAUGUGAUAAAAGAGGAUAGAAUGUCAUCUAACAAAAUAUUCAGCUGCUAUUUUUAGAUAUAGCAAAUAUUUUGAGCAUGCACUACCUGUUACAUUAGAAAUUGAUGGUACUUUAAGAUGAUUCUUAUUUCUUAAGAUGAAAACAAUAUUCUAACCAUUACAUACAGUGCAGGGGCGUCCAUGGUCAAGCGGUUAUGGUCGUUGACUUCAAACCACUUGCCUCUCACCACUGUAGGUCAAAAUGAGGCAAGUGUCGUCAGAUUCUAUAUGUGAAAAAGCUAUCCAGCUAGCUUACGAAAUACUGAUGGUUCUACUCAGAUGCCCUUUUGUGCCUAAGGGGCACCUGCAGUUUUCCUCCAUUCGUAAAGCUGGAAAGUUGCCAUAUGACCAAUACAUGUACUGUGUUUGUAAAACCCAACCGAAAACAACAACAACAACAAAAAACCAGAAAAACAACAUACAGUGCAAUAUAGAUUUAUAUCCUUUAUGAACAUGUAUUGUAGGCCUUAGUAUUGUCAGUAGGGAUUAGAAUCAUGUAAAAUGUAAGUUAUUUGGGGGAAGGCCUUUAAGUACAUGUAUUCAUUAUUGUAGGCCUAAGUAUUGGAGGGAUAAGAAUCAUGACAAAUGUAAAUUUAUUCAGAAGUCCAAGUGCUGGAGAUAGCUGACAGUAAAUCACAUACCAAAUACCUCUAUUAUGCUUGAUUUUUGUCUAGAAUCUUGAAUAUGUUCAUGUUAGGAAAUCAUCCUGCUAGCUGGCUUAAGAUAGUUCAAGCAUAAGAAAUUUCUAGUCAGAAAUCAAAGUUUGUCUUUUUUUCAGUUUGAUGAUCAUGUAUUGAUAUGACUUUGUACUCUUUUAUUUGUGACAUUCUUAGUAAUACAUUCCUGUAUCAAUUUCGAUAAUUUUAAAUAUUUUAACAUAGAUUUUUAAAUGCGUCUUUGUAUUAAAUACAAUGUACCACUAUGAAUUUGACUUUAUUUGUGCAUAUUUUAUAUCUGAAAUUGUCAUUAGCUGGUCUUUUUUGAAGAAGCAGUCUUUUGUUGUUUGUUCCUCACUAAGACUUGGCCAAGUUUGCCCAAAAGGGAGAGCAUUUGAUAAGUAAUCCAGAGGUUGCUAGUUCAAGCCUUAAGCAGGGGUGUAAAAAACGAACUAAUUUAAAAAAUAAAAUAGAAUGUAAGCCAGUGUGAUUGGAGUUAACUGUUUCUAGGUGUGCAUGAUAUAUCUAAUGCCAUUAUAAUACCAUUCUAAGAGCUAGUUAAACUCAACGGGUAUAAAAUCAACACAAAGGCUUAAUGUAAGAGAUUGACAACUUCUGAAGAUAUCUGGGCCAUAUUUCAUUUUCAGUAAUUGAGGACAUUUUAGGUAUGAAAAAAUCAGGGUUUUAUUUCAAUAACAUUUAAAGUUAAACAUUUGUUUGUAGUGUUAUUAUAAGUGUGUAUACGACAUUCAAGUAUGUUAAAGUGAUCUUUUACGAAACUGUAAAUUCACCGGGAUUAAUGUCUUUUUAAAUGUAGUUCCUUUAAAAUAACG